AUGCCGACACAUAAGCCACAGGGGAGGUUGGUAUUCCCUAUACAUGAUUACUUUGGAAUACCAAAGAAAGGAGCUGGGGAAAAUUAUGAAAACACCAUGUCAGCAUUCAAAAAAUCAGUUACUCUUGGUACAGACAUGUUAGAAUUGGAUGUACACCUAACAAAAGAUGAUAUGGUUGUUGUUUCACAUGAUCACAAUUUAUUAAGAUCUACCGGUGAUAAUAGAAAUAUAUCAGAAUUAAAUUAUUCUGACAUUCCAUUACUGAAAAAAGAUUUAGCAUUGGAUUUUGACCCAGAUUUUGUUUACACCGGAUCUGGAAUCGAAGAAGAGAGAAAAUUUCCUUUGUUAUCAGAAGUAUUUAAAAAUUUCCCUAAAUUUCCAAUAAACAUUGAUAUUAAAGUCAAUAAUGAUAGAUUAAUUCAAGAAGUAUCAAAUUUAAUCAAACAUUAUAAUCGUGAAAAUUAUACAGUUUGGGGUAAUUUUGAUAAUCAAAUCACAUUAAAAUGUUUUAGAGAGAAUCCUAAUGUUCAUUUACUCUUUUCUAUGACCAGAGUUAUUCAUCUUGUUUUACUAUUCUAUUCUGGUCUCUUACCAUUUUAUCCUAUAAAAGAAACUCAUCUUGAAAUUUUUUUGCCUUCUGUAUAUUUUAGAUCGAAAAUGGGAAAUUCAGAUAAUGUGCUCUUAAAAAAUUUUAUGAUUAAAGUAAUGGAUGCUUUGCUCCUUAGACCUGCUCUUUUCAGGCACCUGAAAAAGAGAGGAAUUCAGACUUAUGUUUGGGUUCUAAAUUAUGAAGAAGAAUUUAAAAGAGCAUUCGAUUUAGGAGUCGAUGGAGUAAUGACUGAUUUUCCAAGUAAAUUAAAAAAAUUUCUAGCAGAAAAUCCUCAAUACAAUUCGAAUAAUGUGUUUAUCGAAUGA